GACUGCACCGUUUUUAUCAAGGACGCCUGGACCGAGGUGGGUGAUGGAAGUGGGCGACAAUGACGUGCGCGACGAGGUUGCCCAUCUGCGCAAGAUCACCCGGACACUCGAGCGCUAUCCAGAGCUUGCGGGCACAUACCGGUCCUCGAAGCCGGCGGUCGCAUUGAAUUUCCAGAGUUGCAGCAGCAAUACAUAUAGAGGACACGACGCGCAGUAUUCUUGGAGGCCUAUUUGCAUGUCGAGUCGGCGAAGAUUCGGAGCUGCCAUUUUGUGCACACAGCGCAUGCCACGUCGCCGAUUGGCAUGCCACUUGAUAGGCUCCAGUCCGUUCCCGAGCUGAUCAUCGCUGUUGCCGGGCUAUGCGCGCCACCGCGCCAUGCGAGCACUGCAUUAUUGCACCGUGUAUCUCAGCAGCAACUUUCUUUUCCGGCGUAUGAUGGUGGCACUGUCAAGGGCAUGUUGAUUGAUUUGACCAUGCGAUCGACUGCGAGAUCUGGGCCGAUGCGAACGGCUAUCGGCACACUGAAUUUCAUGAGCGUGAACAACCUCGAGGGCAACAGCAACAAGCGCGAGCUCGACGACUGGGAGGCGCUGAUUUAUGUCCUGGUGUGGCUUGGGACAUUUGGACUCAAUGGCACACCCAAACAUGACAGUGAUGCAGUGGCACAGAAGGAUUGCAGGUGCUAAAUCAAGUAUUGGGUUGACGGCACAACAUUGAAGGACAUUGCCAGCUACAAGCGCGACAAUUUGGACAACAGUUCCAGUUUAAAUCUAUUCUCAACAGUUUGAUAGUAGGGUGGAUCAUACCAAUGUUCUUGCAGGGUUGUUGAGUAUGAUGCGCAAUAUUCUAAUCGACAAUGCAGGAUGCAGUGAAGACGGUAGGGGCGCAAAUAUGAAACACCUUUUAACCAUGGCAACUGUGAAUCAUCGCUGAAAGCACGCCUGGUUCACUUUCUCCAUUAUCCAAAUUGCAUUGGCAGUUCAACGGCGAGAUGCUAUGAACUCCAAUGAUUGAUCCGUUUAAAGCGCGCGCUGACAUGGCACCAACUAUUGCCAAAGAGUUGUUGGCCAUGUUGGAGGAUGCUGCUGAGUAUUGCCAAGAAUUGUUGA